AUGGCAGAGGGAAAUAUCUCUCUCAUAAUGGAAUUCAUGCUUCUGGGAUUUUCUGACCUUCCCAACCUUCAAGGUUUUCUGUUUGGGCUUUUCUUGAUCAUCUAUACUGGUGUCCUGAUAGGAAAUGGACUUAUCAUUGUGAUCACUAAGGUUGAACCUGUGCUCCAAACCCCUAUGUAUUUUUUCCUUAGGAAUUUUUCCUUUUUGGAAAUCUGUUACACUUCUGUCAUUCUUCCAAGGAUACUGGUUAAUCUACGGACACAGAAGAUAAAUAUCUCCUUUACAGCCUGUGCAGCACAGUUUUGUGCUUUCUUUGUUAUGGCAAUCACUGAAAACUUCCUCCUGACUGUAAUGGCCUAUGAUCGUUAUGUUGCCAUUUGUAAGCCUCUGACUUACCCUCUCAUCAUGAACCAUAAGGUGUGUGUCUGUCUGGUGGCUGGCUCUUGGAUCAGUGGGAUUCCAUUUUAUACAUUGCUGACAUACUUGAUUUUCUCUUUGCCUUUCUGUGGUUCCAAUAGACUCGACCAUAUUUUUUGUGACAUCCGCCCUUUACUGAAGUUGGCUUGUGGGGACACCUCUGUGAAUGAGUUCUCUUUUUAUUUUAUUGUUAUGAUAGUUGGUGUGCUUCCAUUUUUGUUGAUAAUAUGGUCAUAUGUGAAAAUCAUCACAGCCAUCUUGAAGGUUCCUGGAACCAAGGGGAGAUCCAAAGCCUUUUCCACUUGUUCUUCUCACCUCAUCAUUGUGCUCUUGUAUUUGGGGUGUGGCAUCAUUACAUACUUGCGACCCAGUUCUAGCCACUCAGUAGAACUAGACAAAGUAUUCUCUAUCAUGUAUACCACUGUAACCCCAGUAUUUAACCCCAUAAUAUACAGUCUGCGCAACAAAGAUGUUGUGUUUGCAUUAAAAAAAUUACUAUUUAAGUGA